GAUGUUUUUAUGAUAUUUAUCAGCGAGAUCAAGUGAAAAAAAAAAUCUGUUGAAACAAUUCUCAACGGAUUAGCGUUCAAAUAGUGUCAAAAAGCAGAUUCCAGAAGCUGCGCUUUGUUUGUGAACGGUUGUAAAGUGGCGCGCUACGCAAUCCUUAUCAGCCGACAACUGCAACAACAACAACAACACCAACAGCAUACAAACAACAACAACAGAUAACUGCAAGUGGGUGUGUGUAUGUUUGACAACAAACAUACAACAACAACAAUAUUGCAUAUGCAAGGAAUUUCCGCUUUACAGUAGUAAACGAGAGUUUGUGGGAUAUCCUAGGCGCCAAACAAGCGUGGACAGCUGCCAUUAGUUGUCUGAUAUGAACUUGCAACAGCCUUUGAUGUUUCUACGUCGCAUAUCAGCAUAUAAUUGCACUUUAUUGGUGAUUCAUUUCCUUUACAACUCAAAUAACAACAACAACGAUUGACCUACGGACUUUCUGCACUUUGCAUAAAGCAAUAUACACGAUUGGGUUUUCUUGUUGAUGACGCACUGCCUUUUACGAAUUGGCGCUACUUUUUUUUAGCAAGAAAAAAUCAAACAAGGACUUACAACAUACAACAAACUGCCAAUAAACUAUAAAUUAAGUAACUACGAGUGAAAUAUAUAUCGACAAUUCUACACACAUCAUUACGUCAUUUACGUCAUAAUUAAUGCAACAAAAUGUAUAAGUUGCUAGCCGGUUUAAAAUCCUAUUUGAAAUGGCAGCCCAUUCAGACGGACAAUGCCGUCUUUCGCCUGCACAACUCAUUUACGACCGUUUUGCUGCUCACCUGCAGUAUGAUCAUUACGGCCACACAAUUUGUGGGUCAACCGAUCAGUUGCAUUGUGAGCGGCAUACCGACGCACGUGGUGAAUACGUUCUGUUGGAUUCAUAGCACAUUUACGAUGCCCGACGCAUUCAAGCGACAGGUCGGUCGUGAAGUUGCACAUCCUGGUGUUGCCAAUGAUUUCGACGAUGAGGAUGCCAAGAAAUAUUACACAUACUAUCAAUGGGUCUGCUUCGUACUCUUCUUUCAGGCGAUCGCUUGUUAUACACCAAAGUUCUUGUGGGAUAAGUUCGAAGGUGGACUGAUGCGCAUGAUCGUUAUGGGUCUAAAUCUAACGAUUUGCACGCGUGAGGAAAAGGAGGCAAAGCGUGAUGCGCUACUGGACUAUCUAAUCAAGCAUGUGAAGCGCCACAAACUGUAUGCCUUGCGCUAUUGGGCCUGCGAAGCGCUCUGCUUCAUCAAUAUCGUCAUACAAAUGUAUUUGAUGAAUCGCUUCUUCGACGGUGAAUUCCUCUCAUAUGGCACACGCAUCAUGCAGCUAUCGGACGUGCCACAGGAGCAGCGUAUCGAUCCGAUGGUCUACAUCUUUCCACGUGUCACCAAGUGUAUCUUCCAUAAAUAUGGUGCUUCCGGUUCGCUGCAGAAGCACGAUUCGUUAUGCAUAUUGCCGUUGAAUAUUGUCAACGAGAAGACUUAUGUAUUCAUUUGGUUCUGGUACAUGAUACUGAUGGUGCUGUUGAUCGGCUUGCUGAUCUUCCGUGCCUGCAUCAUUUUCAUGCCCAAAUUCCGACCACGUUUACUCAAUGCACGCAAUCGUAUGUUGCCAAUGGAGAUCUGUCGUUCGCUCUCACGCAAACUGGACAUUGGUGAUUGGUGGCUCAUCUAUAUGUUGGGACGCAAUUUGGAUCCUGCCAUCUACAAGGAAGUUAUGACUGAAUUUGCCAAACAAGUGGAACCGUCAAACACCAAACUCUCGAAACACAUGAAAUAAGGUGUGUGAGGAGUAAGUGUAAUAGAAAAGAAAAGCUAAUUAACAACAAAACUGGCUGAAAUCGAAUAAGCAAGGAAUAAGGAAAAAAAACGACAAUCUAAUGUAGUAGUUCUGUGAUUAAGUAGACAUUUUUCUAAAAUUCCAAUUAAAAAGCUAUAACAAAGUAGAGACAAAUCACGAGAGAAAAGCAAGCUAAUAACAACAAUAACAAAAAAUCAA